GAGACGAAAGGCUUUGGUUUUUGGUUUUAAAAUUUAAAAUUUCAUCAUUUUUUUUGUUAUAAUUUGAUCAUCGAUAGUCACAAUUUGGAUUGUUUUUCUUUGUCAAAAAUGAUAAACAAUAAUCUCCGUAAUGGUCACCGUAUUGGUCGACUUUUUCAAUCGAUGAUCAAUACCAAUUCGAUUCGUAUUCAACAAACACAAACAUCACCAGCUACAUUAUCAUCUGAAUCAUCAUCAUCGGUUAAUAAUGAAAAACCAAAACGAAUGAAAACAUUAGCUAUAUAUCGUUGGGAUCCAGAAAAACCUGGAAUGAAACCGCAUAUUCAAGAUUAUAAAAUUGACCUUAAUGAUUGUGGCCCAAUGGUAUUAGAUGCAUUGAUCAAAAUAAAAAAUGAAGAUGAUCCUACAUUAACUUUUCGACGAUCAUGUCGUGAAGGUAUUUGUGGUUCUUGUGCGAUGAACAUUGAUGGUACAAAUACUCUGGCAUGUAUAGCCAAGAUUAGUGAUGUGGAUAAAGUGACUAAAGUACUACCUUUACCUCAUAUGUUUGUCGUCAAAGAUCUGGUACCGGAUUUAACUUUAUUUUAUGAGCAAUAUCGUUCAAUACAGCCUUAUUUGCAACGUAAAGAUAAUGUUCCAGUUGGUACUCGACAAAAUCUACAAUCGAUAAAAGAUCGUGAUAAAUUGGAUGGUCUUUAUGAAUGUAUUCUAUGUGCUUGUUGUUCAACAUCAUGUCCAAGUUAUUGGUGGAAUCCUGAUCGGUAUCUUGGUCCAGCCGCUUUGAUGCAAGCCUAUCGAUGGGUAAUUGAUUCACGUGAUCAGGCUACCGAAGAACGUCUUGAUCGUCUUAAAGAUCCAUUCUCAUUGUUUAGAUGUCAUACUAUUAUGAAUUGUUCACGAACCUGUCCAAAACAUUUAAAUCCAGGUCGUGCUAUUGGUGAAUUGAAAAAAUUAACAUCAGGUUUAGCUCAAAAACCUGUACCAGAUAUGCAAACACCGUGAUUUGUUUUUGUAGUGUUUUUUUUCUAGAAUAUUCAAUAUAUUAAAGCAAUAUUAAGCAAAUACUUAAUUCUUUGUAA